GAAGAGAAUAAGUGCACCGAUAAGUUGAAAAUUUUCAAAUAAAUACACCUACCAUCUAUGCAGAUGUUUUAUUGUAGUGGCGAAGGUAGUUCAUAAUUGUAAGGAAACAUGCUAAAAUUUACGGUAUUAUUGUGUGGAUGCUUUGUGGCAUACGUGUAUGGUGACUGCCUUUCGUCCAUUACAAAGGUAGGCGGUGAAAAGGCACCUUCAACCGUUUGCUCCGGAGAUCUCGUUUUCCAAGAUGAAUUCGACUUUCUUGACUUUACCAAAUGGCAACACGAAAAUACUCUUACCGGAGGUGGUAACUGGGAAUUCGAGUGGUACACUAAUAAUAGGACAAAUAGCUACGUGAGCGACGGAGUACUGAAAAUUGUACCAACGCUUACAGCUGAUCACGUUGGAGAGGCAGGUUUGACAUCCACCACAGUCAAUUUAUAUGGAGCAACCGAAGAAGAAUCUUGUACCAAUAAUGCCAACUAUGGAUGUGAGCGUAGCGGUACUCCUGACAACAUCUUGAAUCCCAUCAAGAGUGCUCGUCUCCGAACCUAUAAAUCGUUUCACUUCACCUAUGGUAGAGUUGAAAUUAGAGCUAAGAUGCCAAAAGGGGAUUGGAUUUGGCCAGCUAUAUGGAUGAUGCCCCGUUACAACGCUUAUGGAGGAUGGCCAACAUCAGGGGAAAUAGACAUUAGUGAAGUCCGUGGAAACGCCGAUCUAAGACAAAACGGAGAACAAAUUGGCGUCCAACAGCACGGUUCAACUCUCCACUGGGGACCUUCUUUCUUCGCCAACAGAGACUCUCGGACCCAUUGGACCAAAAAUAACGCAGCUGGAUGGAAUGAUGACUUCCACGUCUACGGCGUGACUUGGACUGACCAGAGCAUUACAUUCACAGUUGAUGGGGAAACGAUAGGAUCUGUUGCACCGAACACCAACUUCUGGGAUUUCGGGGAUCUGGCAAACAGUGGUUACAGCAACCCAUGGGGAACUAACUCGAGAAUGGCACCGUUUGACCAAAAUUUCUACAUUAUUUUAAACGUGGCAGUUGGUGGCACCAACUAUUUCCCUGAUGACGUAGUUAACGGGAAUGGUGCCAAGCCAUGGGAAAAUACUUCUGGAAGGGCUUCAACCGAUUUUUGGAAUGGCAGAAACCAAUGGUUGCCUACAUGGGAUGGUCUGAAUUCUGCUCUGCAAGUUGACUACGUUCGUGUUUAUGCCAUAUAGAAUAUAUGUAUAUUUCUAAUUAUGUUACUGUAAGAUCUUAGAAAAGAGAAAAUGAAUAAAAAAAAUUAUUAAGCAAA